AUGUUUCAGGCCAGGAGCAAAAUCAUUAUGCUCAAAGUUUUAAAAGAGUUCAGGGGCCGUAACUCCACACGGCCCAUGGCUGACCAUGCUCGACAUAUGCAUAGUAAUGAUCAAGGGACACAAUCCAUCGACAAGGGGACUCCAUCGCUAGAGAAAGGGAAAGAUAUAAAUACAAAAGAGGUUGGUAUGAGUAAUAGCCUAUGCGUGUUUUGAUGUCUCAUCUGUUGUAGAAUAUGCUGUGAUUACAACUAUGAAAAUAUGUAGCAGUAUUUAGGUAACAUAGGGGGAACACACAUAUAUAUAUAUAUAUAUAUAUAUAUAUAUAUAUAUAUAUAUAUAUAUAUUAAAAUGAGCUAUAGUGGCAUAACGCCAAAGGAGCGAUACGAUUUAAGUACGUUCAGAUUCCUAAAAGCAAUCUUAGUUAUUUUCUAUUAUUUUACGGAAAUCGAAUAAAUUUAAAUGCGCAAAAAAUAUUUUAAUUCCCCUUUUAUUUUAGUAAAAGUUUAAGUAUUAUUAUUAUCAAUUACAAAUACAUUGAAAGUAUCAACUAAAUAACUAUUUUAAGCAUUUUAUCCGCAUUUAAAAGUUAUGAAACAAUUAUUAAUCAAAAUAUUAUGAUCUAAGACUUGCAUCUGAAUCAUAUUUAUAGGGAAAACCCAAAAUCUGUUAAUCUUAGUGCGUAUUUUAGUGCGUUGUUAAUAUUACGAAAUAAAAAUAAAAUUAAUUUGAUCUAAAUAAUUACGCAAAUGACGUCAUAGCGCUAUUGGCCUAUUUUAGCCACAGCUCUAAGAUUCUUUGAUUUUAAAACCGUGCAUGACAAAACUGAUAAUGCAUUUUCCCCUUCUUAAAAGUAAAAUUAUUGAAUAUAAUAGAUAGCUUUUUAAAUUGCUAUAAAUUUAUAAAUUAAAAUAGACCUUUAGCUUUGUAUUUUUAAGAUUUAAUAAGUUUUUUACACUUUAUUCUUUCUAAACAAAAAUUUAUACAAUUUAUAAAAUAAUUUUAAAAAUUAACCUUUACAUAUACUUUUAAUACGAAAAUGCUGUUUAAUGACAUCAGUGCAGCGAAACUACAUAUCCAAAUAUAAUUCACUAAUGCACUUAUCACUCAUCCAAAUAAGAACAAAGUAUGUGAAAUGCAAAAAAAAAAAAAAAAAAAAAAAAAAAAAAAAAAAAAAAAAAAAAAAAAAAAAAAAAAAAAAAAAAAAAAAUGUUUUUGCGUAGUAAGGUUGUUACAAUGUCGUGGAUAAUUUUAUACAUAAUUUUAAAAACUCUGUUUGGUUUGGGGGGGGGGGGUAUUUAUACGAUACUUUCAUUAGCCCAAGGCAUCACAAGAUACGCCUCAGAAUGAAUUUGAAAAAUACUUAACCUUCUUAAGUACAUAUAUAUCGGGAGUAAGGAAUAAGGUGUGUACAAUUUUACGUAGAUGACAAUAUUGCAUUUUACCAAUUAAUAAAAUCAAUGAUCUUAAUAAAACGUAAGAACAUAUGCACAAUUGUACCCAUAAAUAUCAAAACCCAUCAUUUUACACAAGCGAAAAGUUAAUUUUAAAAAAAGAAAUGGGUUAAGACUUUCUUAGAUAAGUAGAUAGAUGGACAGAGAGACAUACAGACAGAUAGAUUAGAAAAAAAUGAUAGAUAGAUAGACAGAAAGACAGACAGACAGAAAGAAAGACGGAAGGACAGAAAGACAGAAAGACAGACAGACAUCCGAUUGCGAUAAAACUUUUGUGAGUUGUAGUGCAUACGCCUGUAAAUUCUUUUGAAUUAUUUCACAUAUUUUACAAUAUUCUGUUUUGGGCCCAAAGCCCUCAAUUCUUUUUUUUUUUCUGUCAUACUGUCAUGAGCUAAUCAUAAUGGCUGUAUGCUUUCCUGUACCUUUCACCCGAUUGCGAUAAAGUUCUGGUAAUUUGUUGUGCGCAAGCCCGCAAAUUGUUUUUUGUUCUUCUAGGAGCUAUACACAUAAUUUCACACAGAGCUAUUGCAUGGGUGGAUGUAAUUUAAUAAAAUACAAUUGACAUUUCAGUUUGAGUUACAUAAUAAUUACGUCUCUAAAUUAGUACAACCAUUUUACAAUUUGGCGUUUGGGGUCGGGGGCCUUAUUUUUUUUUUGAAUGUAUAUGAGCUAUAUAAAUAUAAUUUCAAACAGAGCUGCUGCAUGGGUUGAUCAAUCUCUACAAGUGUGUGGAUUAAAUUUAUCAAAUCAAUGCUUCUCACGUGGACAGCUUUGGCCUGUUCAAGCGUCGAAAAACCUUCUAAUUUAUUUGUGUGCGCACCAGACGGAAAAAUAAAUAAAUAAUUUCUAUUUAAAAAUUACUUUAAAAACGUAAUUAAAACACAAACAAUUUUUUCUUUGAGUGGCAUUGCAACGCAUGACGGGUUCUCGCUAGUUAUAUUAUAGUCUUAUCUGGUAACAUAUUUAUUUAAAUUAUUAUAUUAAAUGAUAUAGGCGAUUCAAUAAUUAUGUAUAUUUGGAGAGUACUAGAGGAAACUAUUACCAGUCUGACUAAUAUGACUAGAGCUACAAAUCUAGCAGCAACCAGGGUGUCUGAUCUGUCUGUACCUGUAUGACUAAUGUAACCAGUGUACCUGAGUACCUGUAUGACUAAUGUAACCAGUGUGACUGAGUACCUGUAUGACUAAUGUAACCAUUGUGACUGAGUACCUGAAUGACUAAUGUAACCAGUGUGACUGUGUACCUGUAUGACUAAUGUAACCAGUGUGACUGAGUACCUGAAUGACUAAUGUAACCAGUGUGACUGAGUACCUGUAUGACUAAUGUAACCAGUGUGACUGAGUACCUGUAUGACUAAUGUAACAAGUGUGACUGAGUACCUGUAUGACUAAUGUAACCAGUGUGGCUGAAUACCUGUAUGACUAAUGUAACCAGUGUGACUGAGUACCUGUAUGACUAAUGUAACCAGUGUGACUGAGUACCUGUAUGACUAAUGUAACCAGUGUGACUGAGUACCUGUAUGACGAAUGUAACCAGUGUAACUGAGUACCUGUAUGACUAAUGUAACCAGUGUGACUGAGUACCUGUAUGACUAAUGUAACCAGUGGGACUGAGUACCUGAAUGACUAAUGUAACCAGUGUGACUGAGUACCUGUAUGACUAAUGUAACCAGUGUGACUGAGUACCUGCAUGACUAAUGUAACCAGUGUGACUGAGUACCUGUAUGACUAAUGUAACCAGUGUGACUGAGUACCUGUAUGACUAAUGUAACCAGUGUGACUGAGUACCUGUAUGACUAAUGUAACCAGUGUGACUGAGUACCUGUAUGACUAAUGUAACCAGUGUGACUGAGUACCUGUAUGACUAAUGUAACCAGUGUGACUGAGUACCUGUAUGACUAAUGUAACCAGUGUGACUGAGUACCUGUAUGACUAAUGUAACCAGUGUGACUGAGUAUCUGUAUGACUAAUUUAACCAGUGUGACUGAGUGCCUGUAUGACUAAUGUAACCAGUGGGACCUGAAUGACUAAUGUAACCAGUGUGACUGAGUACCUGUAUGACUAAUGUAACCAGUGUGACUGAGUACCUGUAUGACUAAUUUAACCAGUGUGACUGAGUACCUGAAUGACUAAUGUAACCAGUAUGACUGAGUACCUGUAUGACUAAUGUAACCAGUGUGACUGAGUACCUGUAUGACCAAUGUAACCAGUAUGACUGAGUACCUGUAUGACUAAUGUAACCAGUGUGACUGAGUACCUGUAUGACUAAUGUAACCAGUGUGACUGAGUACCUGUAUGACUAAUGUAACCAGUGUGACUGAGUACCUGUAUGACUAAUGUAACCAGUGUGACUGAGUACCUGUAUGACUAAUGUAACCAGUGUGACUGAGUACCUGUAUGACUAAUGUAACCAGUGUGACUGAGUACCUGUAUGACUAAUGUAACCAGUGUGACUGAGUACCUGUAUGACUAAUGUAACCAGUGUGACUGAGUACCUGUAUGACUAAUGUAACCAGUGUGACUGAGUACCUGUAUGACUAAUGUAACCAGUGUGACUGAGUACCUGUAUGACUAAUGUAACCAGUGUGACUGAGUACCUGUAUGACUAAUGUAACCAGUGUGACUGAGUACCUGUAUGACUAAUGUAACCAGUGUGACUGAGUACCUGUAUGACUAAUGUAACCAGUGUGACUGAGUACCUGUAUGACUAAUGUAACCAGUGUGACUGAGUACCUGUAUGACUAAUGUAACCAGUGUGACUGAGUACCUGUAUGACUAAUGUAACCAGUGUGACUGAGUACCUGUAUGACUAAUGUAACCAGUGUGACUGAGUACCUGUAUGACUAAUGUAACCAGUGUGACUGAGUACCUGUAUGACUAAUGUAACCAGUGUGACUGAGUACCUGUAUGACUAAUGUAACCAGUGUGACUGAGUACCUGUAUGACUAAUGUAACCAGUGUGACUGAGUACCUGAAUGACUAAUGUAACCAGUGUGACUGAGUACCUGUAUGACUAAUGUAACCAGUGUGACUGAGUACCUGUAUGACUAAUGUAACCAGUGUGACUGAGUACCUGAAUGACUAAUGUAACCAGUGUGACUGAGUACCUGAAUGACUAAUGUAACCAGUGUGGCUGAGUACCUGUAUGACUAAUGUAACCAGUGUGGCGGAGUACCUGAAUGAGUAAUGUAACCAGUGUGACUGAGUACCUGAAUGUCUAAUGUAACCAGUGUGACUGAGUACCUGUAUGACUAAUGUAACCAGUGUGACUGAGUACCUGUAUGACUAAUGUAAUCAGUGUGACCUGAAUGACUAAUGUAACCAGUGUGACUGAGUACCUGUAUGACUAAUGUAACCAGUGUGACUGAGUACCUGUAUGACUGAUGUAACCAGUGUGACUGAGUACCUGAAUGACUAAUGUAACCAGUAUGACUGAGUACCUGUAUGACUAAUGUAACCAGUGUGACUGAGUACCUGUAUGACCAAUGUAACCAGUGUGACAGUGUACCUGUAUGACCAAUAUAACCAGUGUGACUGAGUAUCUGUAUGACUAAUUUAACCAGUGUCACUGAGUAUCUGUAUGACAAAUGUAACCAGUUUGACUGAGUACAUGUAUGACUAAUGUAACCAGUGUGACUGAGUACCUGAAUGAGUAAUGUAACCAGUGUGACUGAGUACCUGUAUGACUAAUGUAACCAGUGUGACUGAGUACCUGUAUGACUAAUGUAACCAGUGUGACGGAUUACCUGUAUGACUAAUGUAACCAGUGUGACUGAGUACCUGAAUGACUAAUGUAACCAGUGUGACUGAGUACCUGUAUGACUAAUGUAACCUGUGUGACUGAGUACCUGUAUGACUAAUGUAACCAGUGUGACUGAGUACCUGUAUGACUAAUGUAACCAGUGUGACUGAGUACCUGAAUGACUAAUGUAACCAGUGUGACUGAUUAUCUGUAUGACUAAUAUAACCAGUGUAACUGAGUACCUGUAUGACUAAUGUAACCAGUGUGACUGAGUACCUGUAUGACUAAUGUAACCAGUGUGACUGAGUACCUGUAUGACUAAUGUAACCAGUUUGACUGAGUACCUGUAUGACUAAUGUAACCAGUGUGACCUGAAUGACUAAUGUAACCAGUGUGACUGAGUACCUGUAUGACCAAUGUAACCAGUGUCACUGAGUACCUGUAUGACUAAUGUAACCAGUGUGACUGAGUACCUGUAUGACUAAUGUAACCAGUGUGACUGAGUACAUGUAUGACUAAUGUAACCAGUGUGACUGAGUACCUGUAUGACUAAUGUAACCAGUGUGACUAAGUACCUGUAUGACUAUUGUAACCAGUGUGACUGAGUACCUGUAUGACUAAUGUAACCAGUGUGCCUGAGUACCUGUAUGACUAAUGUAACCAGUGUGCCUGAGUACCUGUAUGACUAAUGUAACCAGUGUGACUGAGUACCUGUAUGACUAAUGUAACCAGUGUGACUGAGUACAUGUAUGACUAAUGUAACCAGUGUGACUGAGUACCUGUAUGACUAAUGUAACCAGUGUACCUGAGUACCUGAAUGACUAAUGUAACCAGUGUGGCUGAGUACCUGAAUGACUAAUGUAACCAGUGUGACUGAGUACCUGAAUGACUAAUGUAACCAGUGUGACUGAGUACCUGUAUGACUAAUGUAACCAGUGUGACUGAGUACCUGUAUGACUAAUGUAACCAGUGUGACUGAGUACCUGAAUGACUAAUGUAACCAGUGUGACUGAGUACCUGUAUGACUAAUGUAACCAGUGUGACUGAGUACCUGUAUGACUAAUGUAACCAGUGUGACUGAGUACCUGUAUGACUAAUGCAACCAGUGUGACUGAGUACCUGAAUGACUAAUGUAACCAGUGUUACUGAGUAACUGUAUGACUAAUGUAACCAGUGUGACUGAGUACCUGUAUGACUAAUGUAACCAGUGUGACUGAGUACCUGUAUGACUAAUGUAACCAGUGUGACUGAGUACCUGAAUGACUAAUGUAACCAGUGUGACUGAGUAACUGUAUGACUAAUGUAACCAGUGUGACUGAGUACCUGUAUGACUAAUGUAACCAGUGUGUCUGAGUACCUGUAUGACUAAUGUAACCAGUGUGACCUGUAUGACUAAUGUAACCAGUGUGACUGAGUACCUGUAUGACUAAUGUAACCAGUGUUACUGAGUACCUGUAUGACUAAUGUAACCAGUGUGACUGAGUACCUGUAUGACUAAUGUAACCAGUGUGACCUGAAUGACUAAUGUAACCAGUAUGACUGAGUACCUGUAUGACUAAUGUAACCAGUGUGACUGAGUACCUGAAUGACUAAUGUAACCAGUGUGACUGAGUACCUGAAUGACUAAUUUAACCAGUAUGACUGAGUACCUGAAUGACUAAUGUAACCAGUGUGACUGAGUACCUGAAUGACUAAGGUAAUCAGAGUGACUGAGUACCUGAAUGACUAAUGUAACCAGUGUGACUGAGUACCUGAAUGACUAAUGUAACCAGUGUGACUGAGUUCCUGAAUGACUAAUGUAACCAGUGUGACUGAGUACCUGUAUGACUAAUGUAACCAGUUUGACUGAGUACCUGAAUGACUAAUGUAACCAGUGUGCCUGAGUACCUGUAUGACUAAUGUAACCAGUGUGACUAAGUACCUUAAUGACUAAUAUAACCAGUGUGACUGAGUACCUGAAUGACUAAUGUAACCAGUAUGACUGAGUACCUGAAUGACUAAUGUAACCAGUGUGACUGAGUACCUGAAUGACUAAUGUAACCAGUGUGACUGAGUACCUGAAUGACUAAUGUAACCAGUGUGACUGAGUACCUGAAUGACUAAUGUAACCUAACCAGUGUUUCUUUUAAAAAUUUUUACCCGGGGGACAUUUCAAAUUUUCGGGGGGGGGGGGUCCUGAAUGACUAAUGUAACCAGUGUGACUGAGUACCUGAAUGACUAAUGUAACCUAACCAGUGUUUCUUUUAAAAAUUUUUACCCGGGGGACAUUUCAAAUUUUCGGGGGGGGGGGUGGGGGAGGGCUGUGCCAUUUGCCAGUGGCCAGAGGCGUAGCUAAGGGAUGGCAACUGUGACAUAUGUCCCGGGGCGCCAGACAAUAGCAGAGUUUGUAUCGUGAAAGGGAGGACGGCAAAAAUGUUGUCCCCGCCAUUGCGGCGCUAAUAGAAGCUGCGCCACUAGGCAGUGGAUCUAUCAUUACCGAAAUAGGGGAUCAUUUUCAACGGGAGAGUAGGGCGGAAAUUGAGGGUGCCGAUGAAUCUUGAUCGGUGAAGGGGGGUCGGGGAGCCUGCUCUCCAUAAAGUUUUUGAUUAUAUCAAAAUCAAGAGGGGUAUUUUUGAGUGUAUUUUAAUUCAAUGGCUUUAUUUUACUUCUUUAACGGGGGAGGACAUAUUUAAGGUUUUGUGGGAGGCAUUAUUUAGCCCAGUGCCAUACAUGAACUGAAUUCACUCUGUUUGUGGCGUGCCCCAGAGUAAUCAUUUGGCACACGCUUAUAAUGAACCCCAUACUGUACCAUUCAUCAGCGUGAGUGAAAGGCUGCAGAAAUUUAGGCUGCUAAAGACAGUCAGCAAACUCGAAAUGCAGAGGUGCAUUUUGGUGCAUUUUGAAUUUGUUGUUUCUUUCAGAAAGUGUUGAGGUUGAAUUUCAAAUUUUCGUGUGGGGAGUGCCAAAAUUAGCCAUAAUAAUGAUCAAAGACAUCUUAAAUUCAAUGUAACAUUGAACAACCCAAAAAGCAAAAUCAAUGUUUAAGGAGAAUAUUCAAGGGAAUUUUACAAUAGACAAGGCCUAAGACAAUGAGACUCACUGUCGUGUAUGCUAUUUAAUCUGACAUUAGAGAAAGUUAUAAGAAGCAUAUAUAUUGACAUCCGAGGAACAAUAACAGGAUACUUUCUGAGGGAAAACUAAGACCCACAACCAAAGGGCUCUCUCUACAAUCAACUCCUUCAUCUACCAUCAACUCCUUCAGUAUCUUGCAUAUGCUGAUUACAUAGCACUGCUAGGGAAAAAAUAUGAAAGACAUAAAAAAUCCUUAUUGAAUUAGAAGACGCAUCACUACAAGCAGGGCUGGAAGUUAACAACCAAAAAAACUAAAUACAUGACUUUGAAAAGAGAAGAACUGACAAAUGUUGCCAUUAAAAUUAGAAACCACACUUUUGAAAAAGUAAAUCAUUUCAAAUACCUAGGAUCUUUCUAAAAUGAAAGAAACGAAUUACUAACAGAAAUAAAAGAAAGAAUAUUAGCCGGAAACAGGGCAUACUUCUGUAGUCAGAAAAUAUUCAAAAGUAAAAACAUUACAAGAGAAACAAAGAAAGCUAUUCAUAAAACUGUAAUCAGACAAGUUGUAACAAACACAAGUGAAACCUUGACCCUAACAAAACGGCAGAAAACCUAUUGAAUACAUGGGAGAGAAAGGUUCUCAGGAAAAUACAUGGACCAAAAAAGGAUUAAUAUGGAUGGAGAAUAAGAAACAACUAUGAAUUGUACAGUCUAUAUCAGGAUACCACGAUAAUAUCAAAAGUAAAAAAUUCCAGGCUACACUGGGCAGGAUAAAAUGCCAUAUGACAGAGGAGUGAAGCGGGUGCAUCACCAAAAGCCCGGAGGAAAACGGCUCAAAGGUAAACCUCGGCUUAGAUGGAUGGAUGAUGUGGACAAAUAUCUAAAACAACGGGGAGCCAAGCAUGGAGAAGAAAAGCAUUAUUUAGGUUUGAGUGGAAGGAAGUAGUGAGGCAGGCCAAAGGGCUGUAGCGCCACACGGAGGGAUGGAUGUCACCCUGGAGGGUACGCUUUUGUCCUAGCUUAAUAUCGCCUAUUAAAUCUUUAGAGUCCCCAGAAAAGGUUGAUACAUUUAAAAUACACAAAUGCAUUUGAUCACAUAUCUGAAUUUAGAUUUGCAACAUUCUACACUUAAUUGGAGAGCGACGGAAGAGAUCCUAGUUUUAAAAUGUAGGUGUCACAUAACCUUAGAACCAUCGUGUGCACCCAGCAACACCUACGAUGCAGGGGCCUCGGAUAUUUUAGAGCAGUGGUUCUCAACCUUCCUAAUGCCGCGACCCUUUAAUACAAUACCUCGUUUUGUGCUGACCCCCAGCAACAAAAUUAUUUUCGUUGCCACUUCUUAAAUGUAGAAUGUAUAUGUUUUCCACAGGUCUUAGGCGACCCCUAAAAAAGGGUCGUUCGACCCCCAAAGGGGUCGCGACCUACAGGUUGAGAACCACUGUUUUAGAGGUUCAAAGAUGUGAUGCGGAUAUUUUAUUCAUUAUCAUCUUCCAAUGCAGGGUGGAAUGAGCUGCUCGUGUUAGGCAAACAAAAAUAUUUGUAUCCUUCUAAAAAUAGUAAUAUGUCAUUUAUUUUUAUUUACAUUAUUUGGGGCGAUAGCUACUGAAUUAAUCAAUUAAUGUUCAAUGCACUCACAAAAUAUAAAAAAAUAAUAAAGGAUUCCAUCACUAAAAAGCACUAAAAACAUUAUUUUAUAUGAAAAAUAACACUUACUUAUAAUGAUUAGACGAAAUGUUUUCAAAUUUUACAAGAGUCAAAUCUGGUCCAAGCUAUUGCGACUAUUCCAGAUCAUCUGGCAGACAGAAACUGUACUACAGGACCUCAAAGAUGCCUCCAUUAUCAACCUAUACAAACACAUAGAAAACCACCAGGCUUGCGACAAUCACCGCGGGCAAGAUCUUGGCCCGAGCCCUACUGAACCGCCUGAAUGCUUAUCUGGACCCAGGUCUUCUACCAGAAAGUCAAUGCGGUUUCCGCAAAGAACGCGGAACUAUCGAUAUAGUGUUUCCUGGCAGGCAGCUCCAAGAGAAAUGUCAGAAGCAAAAUAGGGAACUCUAUUCCACAUUUAUCGACCUGAAUAAGGAUUUUGACAGGGUCAUUAGAGGUGGCCUGUGGGAAAUCAUGAAGAAGUACGGAUGCCCAGACAAGUUCACCAACAUCAUCCGUCAGCCGCAUGAUGGCCCAAGUGCAGGGCAACGGUCAGUCAUCUCAAGUAUUCCCUGUCACAAACGGUGUGAAGCAGGGCUGUGUCCUGGCUCCCACAUUAAACCAGCUGCCAUUCUGACUUUAAACAGCUGCCUUUCUGACAUUAAACCAGCUGCCUUUCUGACAUUAAACCAGCUGCAAUUCUGAAAUUACAUCAGCUGUCAUUCUGACAUUACAUCAGCUGUCAUUCUCACAUUACAUCAGCUGUCAUUCUGACGUUACAUCAGCUGUCAUUAACUCAGCUGUAGUUUAGACAUUACAUCCGCCGUAAUUCUGACAUUACAUCAGCUGUCAUUUAGACAUUACAUCAGCUGUCAUUCUGACAUUACAUUAGCUGCCAUUCAGACAUUUCAUCAGAUGUCAUUCUGACGUCACUUCUGCUUUAGAUGAUAACGUUCUCCUUAGUUACUUUGAUAUUUCUUUUAACAACUUAUUCAGAUGUUACUGAAAUAUUUCAUCAACUGUACUAUUUAGUUAUCAGUAUCAUGACAGUAAAUUUUCAUGACAAUUAGUAUCACUGCUUACCUAUAAGCAUUUUGACAUUAUAUCACAUUUUGGCAGAAAGAGAAUGUGUCCUCUUGUAUGGAAUAAAAUUAUAUUAAAAUCCGAAGACAUUCAUGAAAAUCAAUUGUGUUCAGUGUUCAAAUUUUUUUCAAAAUAAAUCAAUGCGUUGUACAGAAGAGGUCUCACACUUAAAUUAUCCGGGGGCCGCAGGAGGUAGAGACUUAGUGAGACUGAGCUGAUUCAAGUAUUUAACCAAAAAAGCGAUGACAUUUUCAAUAAAGUACAACUGUUACAAUCUGCUCAACCUUUAUUAAUAACAAAUAAAAUCAUUACGGGUUCUCAAGAACUAGGCUUAGCGUUUUCUUCUUAUUCCUUCUUCUUACACAUCUGAGCAACAGUUAGCUUGAAUGAGUAAGCUACUGAGCUUGAAGAUGCUCAUCAGAAAGUUUAGCCUUGAAACUUGACUCGUUACAGUUCAUAGUGGAGCUUUUCACACAGAAAGGCACUGCCAAAAAGUUACAUGAUCCGCUGGAACACCCUGCAAAUCUCACCUCCCUAAACUUUGAGUUUAGAAUUUGCACUGAAGAUCAAUCAGCUCCAUUUGAAGCGAAAAAACAAAAAAAAAGUGUCCACAUUGAAGGAGAAAGGGUCAGCAAAAAUUUGAAAAGUGGCUCUGUGUGUUUUGAAGUCUGCAAACAUGUGAUCAAAUUCUUCCUGUAGCUUUGCAAUGGCAUCAGUUCACUUAAUGCUGAAUGGUGUGCCCGGGUCCAUUAGUACUUUGCCUAUUAGGAAAUGGCAGAGAUUUCUAUGAGAACCAUGACAUACGUUUUGUUCAGAAUGCCCUGACAUUACCGACAACCUGAAAAUGACCACGCUGACAAUUCGGAAUUUCCCUCACUCGUAAACACUAGCGGCAAUUUUAAUAGAGAUUCUUUGAUAUUGUGUCAGAUUGCUACGAUUUACACAGAUUAAUUAUACAACAAUUUGUGUCAAUAUAACAAUAUAAGGUAAGCUUUAAUGAUAAUUUUACAGAAUACAAAAUUAUAGGUUUCGGCACAUGCCUUCAUCAGUACAACAAAAAGACAAAUAAGUAUAAAUUAAAUUUACAUAAUAUAAUAAUAUAUAUACAGAUAUCCUUCCUUAAAAAGGGGGGGGGGGGGGAAUUGGAGUGGGCUCAAAAAAAAAAAACAGACAGAAGCAAACUAAAGUAAAGUGUAAAGGAUGUGAUUUGAGCAAAAUUGUAAAAACCUAACAGGAAAAAGACAUGGCAGCUAGGUAAAAUUGUGGAUUUAGUUUAUUUCAUAUGGAGACAACGUACCAAAUCGUGUUACUAAUUUAUUCUCCAUGUAUAUCCUAUCUGUUGUGCUACUAGUAGACAUUAUACCAGUGACUGCGGUGUCUGAGAUACCAUCAUGGUUAGGGCUAUUGAAAUGUUUAGAGACCGGACAGAAAGCUUGUUUAUUUAUGUUAUAGAGGUUUCUCUGAACCGGUCUCCAAGCCGACGACAUGUCUCUCCUACAUAUACUUUACCGCACUUUUUGCAAAUGAUGGUGUAAAUCACGAUGCGACUUGUGCAGGUAAGCUGUCUUUUAUUUUGAAUAUUUCCAGAGGGAAAGUGAUCUUGUCAACCUCAUUCACAUAGCGACAUGUGUUGCAACGGCUGUGGUUGCAACUGUUGGUGCCUUUAUGUGCUUUAAUAGCAGGGAGGUGGCUUCUAACUAGCAUGUCCCCCAUGGCUCUUGUCCUUCAGGAAAGCGAAAAGAGGAGGUUUUCUGAAAAUAUCAUUGGUGACCGGGUCUGCAAUUAGAAUUGAUCGGUUUUUCAGAACCAGAAAUAAGAGCUUUAAAGUUAUGGGGAUGAAUAGUUAAAAUUAAUUUAGACCUAUCCAUAGCGUCAGAACGAGUGGCUUUAAAAGAAUCCUGUCUCGUCAUGCCUUUAACUCGAGUGAUAGCUGCUUUUAAAAUUUGUUCAGGGUCGGAAAAAAAUCCAACAUUUCUGCCGUCCUUUCCCCAAAAUCCUCAUCAUUGCUGCAGAGUUUUCUAAGUCUCAGCAACUGAGAAAAAGGGAUGGAGUUUUUGCAUGAUUUAGGAUGGGAUGAUGAAUACAGGAAGAACCUAUGGCUGUCUGUUUUCUUAUAGAAAAUGGACGUAGAUAUGAUAUGCUCUUUAAGAUUAAUUUUUAAGUCCAAACAAUUGAUAGUACUUUCAUGGAUCGUUGAAAUGAAUUUGAUUGUUGGAUGAAAAUGUCCAAUAAAGUUAAUACAACUUUUCAGUUGUGUUAUGUCCAUAUUUGUAAUCCCUAUGCAGUCAUCUAUGUAUCUCUUGUAAUAUUCUGGGAAAGGGCUUUUGUAGUGUUCUCUCCAAAGAUGUUCCAAAUGGCUCUUAAAUAGACAUGCAUAGCUUGGUCCCAUUCUUGUUCCCAUAACAACGCCACUGAUCUGAUAUACUUUUGUAUUCUGUAAAAUUAUCAUUAAAGCUUACCUUAUAUUGUUAUAUUGACACACAUUGUUGUUGUCUAAUUAAUCUAUUUUAAAGCUUUAUCGCAGUCCAACACUUUUUAUAAUUAGUUAAUACGAUUUACACAAUUUUGUUUGAAUUUUACCCAACCCCUUUUCUCAAAACCCCACUUUGGCCAUAUUUGUCCCAUAAAAUGCUAUAAAAUAAAAACUUUAAGACCGAUUUUAAAAAGUUUUUCCAUUAGAAUCAAUGUACAAAUCUAUACAAACAUAAUACAAAAUCAGAAUUAGACUAAUCGAUGAGAUUCGACUGAAACCGUCGCGCAGGGUCACAUUAGAGAUAUGAGAAUAGGGAAAUCGACUAAACUUUGAUGUCGGGUAUCGGGCCGCAAAAUAGCAUCUUGCGGGCCGCAAAUGGUUCGUAGGCCGCGAGUUUGAGACCCCUGUUGUACAUUAAUCUCGGGAAAUGCAUUUCAAGGGCGUUUACACAUUUUUAAUUUUAUUCGGUUUUUUGUUUUUUUUGCUGACGAAGGCUUCCUGUCGACACGUUUGAUGUUUUGUUGCGUUCCUUUCUUCAGGUUUAAUUCUGUCUUGUUUUACUCAUUUUAUAUUUUAACACAUUGUGGACACAUUUACAUUGGUUAUCCAUACCUAAAAUGAAGUUGGAAAGGCGAACAAACUCGAUAAGAUUUUCUAAUAAGGGCAUUGUAAUUUCUCCACUCUAACCAUUUUCAGAUUAUAUAGUUCAGAAGCGAGGCAGAGAUUCUGUAAAUGUUUAAUGAAUAUACCUAUAUAUUGACGAACGUUGAUGCUCCAUAUAUUCAAAACGAGUAAACAUUUUUUUUUAAAGUUAAAGACAUGAUUUAAUAUGUUUUAAUAUAUAUUCUUUGUUGUUUAUGAGCGUAAAAAAUCGCAUGUUGGUCCACAUUAAAUAGAAGGGAAAAUGCUUAACGCCCAAUGAUGAGAUACACGUAAUUAUCUCUAUAUAAAUUUUUCUUUCAAAAUAACGAAGGUCCAAUUUACUCUUUCCUAAACAUACGCUUUAAGUGCGUUGAAUUUUGUCCAAUAGUGUCCUUUUUUUUUCUUUCGAUGAUACAAUACGUUAAAACUGGAUUCUAUUACAUUAAUAAAAAUAGAUUUUUUAGAACCUAAGACUUCGUAAAAGCAUGUGGAAAGUAGCGCUAUAUGCCUUCCAUUACUAUCCCGGUAAGACCGGGUCAUAUAUUCUAGUACUCUUUACGUGUGUGUGUAUAUACAUUUGUAUUUUUUAAGACAACAUUUUUUUUUUUUUACUUCAUGCGCUUAAUCUGGCUUUAUUUCUCUCUCAAGUGUCCUGGCUAUCAAUGUAAGAUAGCCACGUACACAUCAAGUGUCCUGGCUAUAAAUGUAAGAUAGCCUCGUACACAUCAAGUGUUCUGGCUAUCAAUGUAAGAUAGCCUCGUACACAUUGUUCAUAUUAGUACCAGGUUUGCAAGACUGUGCGUAACCCGGCCACGUUAAUCAAUAAAUAAUAUUUGAUAUAGGCGUUAUAUAAACAUACAUUGUUAAUAAAAGGGUGCCGGGGCUGUCACUCUGAUCGGCUCUCGAGUGUAAGUGUGGAGGGGGUGGGGAGAGAUGGAUCUGAGAAGGGACUCAUUUAGCCCCUCGGAAAUUUUUUGAUCAAUUCAAAAUGCAGGGAUGCAGAGAUUCAUUUUGGAAAUUAAGUUUUGUUUUUUCUUCCAAUCUUAAUCAAAAGAUUUGCUAUGGAAAAUGUAGGUGUCUUUUGAGCCGAUUGCUUGAACUAAUACUUUAUUUUAAGGUGUACCUAAAUAAUUUGUUUUUAAACUAUUUCUUUUAACUACUUCAUUGUUAAAUGAUUUGUUAAAGAAACCAGUCCAACACUAUAUAUUGAAGGCAUCAUGAUUUUAUUAAAAGAAUGGGUUUAAGGUAGUUUUAGUUGCUGUCUUCUAACUUUUCUACAGCAAAGAAUAGAUAAAUAAUGGUGAACAUGUUGAUUUGAAAGUUCCUGCUAAGAGACUUUAAACAAAAAAUGUAUACAAGAAUGAGCUAUGCUGACCGUAACGCCAAAGAACCUAAGGUAUUAAGAUAUGUUUGGAUUCUUAAAAACAAUUAUAGUUAUUUUCUAUUAUUUUACGGAACUCGAAUACAUUUAAAUUAGCAAAAAUUAUUAUAUAUACACUUUUAUUUUAGUAAAAGUUUAAGUAUUAUUAUUAUAAAUCACAAAUACAUUUAAAGUAACAACUAUGGAACUAUUUUAAGCAUUUUAUCAGAAUGUAAAAGUUAUGAAAAAAUUAUUAAUACAAAUUAUCAUCUCAGAAUUGCAUCGUAAUCAUAUUGAUCGAGAAAACCCAAACAUCAGUUAUUUUUAGUGCGUUUUUAGUGCGUUAUUAAUUUUGCGAAAUAAAAAUAAAAUUAAAUUGAUUUAAUUAAUAAAAUUAGUAAAAUUAAUAAAUAUAAUUGAUUGUUCUUUAAAUUGCUCAAAUUAGCUAAAAUUAAAUACAACUUUAACUUCGUAUCUUUAACAUUUAAUAAGUUUUACUUUUUAUUCAUUCCAAAAAUAUACUUUUAUGAAAUUUAUAAAUUAGUAUAAACGUAACCUCAAAUUAUACUUUUAAAAAGAAAAUGCCGUUAAAUUCAAUCAGCGCAGCAAAACCACAUAGCCAAAUAGGAUUCACUAAUGCACUUAUCUCUCAUCCAAAUAAGAACAAAGUAUGUGACAUGCAGGAAAUGGGUUUUUGCCGAACUAGGGAGUUACAAUCGUGUGGAUGAUUUUAUUAAUCUCUUUUUAAAAACUCUUGGGGGGGGGGGGAGUAAUACAAUACUUUCAUGUGCCCAAGGAUGCCCAAGAUACGCUUCAAAAUGAAAUUGAUAAAUAAUUAACCUUAUAAGGUACAUAUAUCGGGUGUAGGAAAUAAGAUGAGUACAUUUUUACGUGGAUGACGAUGUCUUUAAAUCCAAUCAUAAUACAGUUGUAAAAAAUAGAUGCUAUAUUCUCAUUUUAUCAAUUAUGAAAAUCAAUGACGUUAACAAAACGUAAGUACCUUUACAUAAUUAUACCUAUAAAUAUCAAAACCCAAUAAUUUUACACAAGUGAAAAUUUAAUUUUCAAACUACUAGAGAUCGGUUAAGAUAUUCUUAGAUAAAUAGAUGCUAAAUAGAUAGAGAGACAGGCAGACAGAUAGAUUAGAACAAAUGAUAGAUAGAUAGACAGACAGGCAGACCAGACCAGACCAGACAGACAGACAGACAGACAGACAGACAGACAGACGGACGGAUAGAUGGAUAGAUGGAUAAUGGAUAGGUGGAUCGGUGGGUGGGUGGGUUGGGUGGGUGGACGGACGGACGGACAAAUAUAAAAAUUAAUGCCCUCCUGUAUAUCAUUCAUCCGCUAGCGUUAAAUCAUUGGUGAGUUGUGGUACACACGCCCCUAAAAUAUUUCUGAUUUAUUACAAACAUUUUACAAUAUUAGGUUUUAUCCCGGGGCCCUAAAUUCCUUUUUUUUAAUGAGCUAAAUAUAAUGUCCGUCUGCGUUCCUAUACCAUUCAUCCGAUGGUCAUCAAACUUUGGGGAGUUGUUUUGCACACGCCCGCAAAGGUCUCUGAAUUCGGUUAUCAAUUUUAAAUAAUCCUUUUGGGCGGGGGCCCUGAAUUAUUUUUUUCUUAUAUUAGCUAUACAAAUAUAAUUUCAAACAGAGCUAUUGCACGGGUGGAUGGAAUUGAAUCAAAUUCUAUUGACAUUUCAGUUUUAUGUAGGACAUAAAAUGAAGUUUCUGAAUGAGUACAACCAUUUUACAAUUGUUGUGUUUGGGGCGGGCCGGGGCCUUAUUUUUUAAAAAAGAAAAUGUAUGUGAGCUUUAUAAAUAUUAUUUCAAACAGAGCUAAUGUAUGGUCGUAUCAAUCGCUUUAAGACUAAAUUUUGAACAUCCAUGCUUCUCACGUGGACAGCUGUAUGUUACCUGCUCACGCAUCGGAAAACACUCUUAUUUAUUUGUGUACGCAUCGUAAGAAAAAAACAAAAAAAUAUUUUCUAUUUAAAAAUUACUUUAAAAAACGUCAUUAAAACACUUUUUUUUUUGUUGGCUUGGCAUUGCAACGCCGCCAGCCAUUUUCUCGCUAGUAUUAACAAAAAAGGUAAAAAAUACCCACAUUACUUUUUUUAUAUAAAUAAAAAAUAAAACAAUUGUAAUUGUAUUAUUAUUAUUAUUUAUUAAUUGAAUAAUUUUUUUUCUAUAUAAAAAUAUAGACGCUGUAAAUUGAGAGUCAAAUUGCUAUUGCUUCGCAUUUCUGAUCAAGCUGCACCAAUAUCAGCAGACUUUAAAAACCUGUAGUCACUGGUUUUUUUAUAGGGUAAUGUGGUCGCCUUGUUAUUGCACACGUUCGUUGGCGGAUCGCAGUUGCCCAUUAUUGUUCACCCCCACCUAUCUCUACCCCAGUUACGAAAGCUAUAAUGUAAAGAGAUUACAUAGAGAGUAAAAUAAAGAGUCAAAUUAUGUGGAUGGAAAAUGUGCCCCCCACACCCACACAAAAUAAAUUAUAAUUGUAAAUUCAUCCAGGGGAAAAUCGUAAGUGGUACGGUCUUAUAAAAUAUCAUGUGGAAGUGGCCUAACUGUAAGAAACAGUUUGAAAAGUUUGCACAUGGUGGUCGAUCCCCAACCCCUUUUCCAAAAAAAAAAAAAAAAAAAAAGUUUAGAACACCCAUGAGUUUCUGCAGAACACGAGCACCUGGUUUUAAUAACCGGUUUCAAAACAUAUUUCUAACAAACAAUAAUCGGUUUGGCGAAAUAAAUAAAAAACGGUUUUAACAUGCUAAAAACAGUAAACAUCACAUUAAAAUUGAUAUCACCAACCAUAUACAUCACACUAAAAUUGGCGUCACUUAAAAACCAUAUACAUCACAUUAAAAUUGAUGUCAGUUACCAACCAUAUACAUGACACUAAAAUUGGCGUCACUUAAAAACCAUAUACAUCACAUUAAAAUUGAUGUCAGUUACCAACAAUAUACAUCACAUUAAAAUAGAUGUCACUUAACAACCAUAAACAUCACACUAAAAUUGAUGUCACUUACCAACCAUAUACAUCACAUUUAAAGUGAUGUCACUACCAACCAUAUACAUCACAUUAAAAUUGAUGCCACUUACCAACCAUAUACAUAACAUUAACAGUGAUGUCACUUACCAGCCAUUUAUAUCACAAUAAAAGUGAAAUCACUUACCAACACUAUACAUCACAUUAAAAGUGAUGUCAUUUACCAACGAUAUACAUCUCAUUAAAAUUGAUGUCACUUACCAACCAUAUAAAUCACAUUAAAAUUGAUGGCACUUAACAACCAUAUACAUCACACUAAAAUUGACGUCGCUUACAAACUAUAUAUAGCACACUAAAAUUGAUGUCACCUACCAACCAUAUACAUCACACUAAAAUUGAUGUCACUUACCAACCAUAUACAUCACAUUUAAAGUGAUGUCACUUAACAAACCAUAUACAUCACAUUAAAAUUGAUGUCACUUACCAACCAUAAGCAUUAUAUUAAAUGAAAUGUCACUAACAACCAAAUACAUCACAUUAAAACUGAUCUCAAUUACCAACCAUAUACAUCACAUUAAAAAUGAUGUCACUUACCAACCAUGCUAAUCCAAAUUAAAAGUUUUGUCACUUACCAACCAUAUACAUCACAUUAAAAGAGAUGUCACUUAGCAAUCAUAUACAUCACAUUAAAAGUGAUGUCACUUACCAACCAUAUACUCACAUUAAAAUUGAUGUCUCUUAACAACCAUAUACAUCACAUUAAAUGUGAUGUCACUUACCAACCAUUUACAUCAUAUUAAAAUUGAUGUCACUUACCAACCAUAAACAUCAUAUUAUAUGUAAUGUCACUUAACAACCAUAUACAUCACAACUUAAAUGAUGUCACUUAACAACCAUAUACAUCACAUUAAAAAUGAUGUCAUUUAACAACCAUGUAUAUCCCAGUAAAAGUGAUGUCACUUAACAACCAUACACAUCACAUUAAAAUGAUGUCGUUUACCAACCAUUUACAUCACAUUCAAAUUGAUGUCACUUACCAACCAUAUACAUCACAUUCAAAUUGAUGUCACUUAACAACCAUAUACAUCAAAUUAAAAAUUUUGUUACUUACCAACCGUAAAAAUAACACUAAAAUUGAUGUCACUUACCAACCAUAUACAUCACAUUAAAAGUUAUGUCAUUUACCAACCAUAUACAUCACAUUAAAUUGAUGUCACUUACCAACCAUAUGCAUCACAUUAAAAUUGAUUUCACUUACCAACCAUAUAAAUCACAUUAAAAAUGAUGUCACUUACCAACCAUAUACUUAACAUUAAAAGUGAUGUCAAUUAGCAAUCAUAUACAUCACAUUAAAAGUGAUGUCACUUACAAACCAUAUACUCACAUUAAAAUUGAUGUCUCUUAGCAACCAUAUACAUCACAUUAAAUGUGAUGUCACUUACCAACCAUUUACAUCACAUUAAAAAUGAUGUCACUUACCAACAAUAUACAUCAAAUUAAAAAUGAUGUCACUUACCAACCAUGUAUAUCCCAGUUAAAGUGAUGUCACUUAACAACCAUACACAUCACAUUAAAAUGAAGUGGUUUACCAACCAUUUACAUCACAUUCAAAUUGAUGUCACUUACCAACCAUAUACAUCACAUUAAAAUUGAUGUCACUUACCAUAUAUAUCACAUUAAAAUGAUGUCACUUACCAACCAUAUACAUCACAUUAAAAGUUAUGUCAUUUACCAACCAUAUACAUCACAUUUAAAUUGAUGUCACUUACCAACCAUAGGCAUCACAUUAAAAUUGAUUUCACUUACCAACCAUAUACAUCACAUGAAAAGUGAUGUCACUUACCAACCAUAUACUUAACAUUAAAAGUGAUGUCAAUUAGCAACCAUAUACAUCACAUUAAAAUGAUGUCACUUACCAACCAUAUUAAUCACAUUAAAAAUGAUGUCACUUACCAACCAUUUACAUCACAUUAAUAGUGAUGACACUUAUCAACCAUGUAUAUCACAUUAAAAGUAGCUGGCUCUUGAUUUUAAAAAAAAAAUAUUAUGAGUUUAUGGCAGCAAGAGGAAGGUGUGCAGAAAAUGUUUUGGAGCCACCGAUCUAGAGAUUCGCCAACCUUCGUAUUUUAGAAAUGGUUCGGUCGAACGCAUCAAAUCUCAAAUGGAAAUAAUUCCCACAUCUGUUUAACUCAGAGAAUCAAUACUGCAAUCAUGCUUUAAAAAAUACAUGUGAAUUUCAAGCGAAAUAAAUUUGAAUUCAAAAAACAUAAUGAAGGAAACUUCCAGCCACAUUGACUAGGAUGGGAAGAACCAUAGGAAUAAAUUAGAGGCGAAGAGAAAAAUUAUCCCGUUGAAAAUGAAAUGUAGGACUAAUUAUUUAAAAGUAGGCACCAAAGAAUGUGACAUUAUUAUGAGAUUGAUUGAGGCAGUAAUUAGUAAAUUGAAUAAUUGAUAUUCUUUUUAUUUAGAGAUUUUUCAUCAUCGAAACGAUUAAAAAAAAUUUUUUUAAAGCAAAGUGUUUUAUUGAAAACAAUUUAAAAAGAUUGUGUUCAUAGUUGUAAUUAUUCAAUUGUCUGGAAGAACGGUGACUUUACUGAAAUCACUACAAUGUCUCAUCACGAUGUGUUUGCUUUUUGUGGGCUCCAUUUCAAGAAUCUUUUGGGUAGGAUGGAGGUAGCUUGUACAAACUCAAGGGUAUGCAGACAAAUCAUUAUCCUGUGUGAUUUGAAUAAAACUGUGUCAAAAUGUUUAAUUUAUAUAUAUAUAUAUAUAUAUAUAUAUAUAUAUAUAUAUAUAUAUAUAUAUAUAUAUAUAUAUAUAUAUAUAUAUAUAUAUAUAUAUACAUACAUAUAUAUAUAUAUAUAUGAUUUAUAUGGCAUGAUUAUACCUAAAAUAAUGUUCUUAAUAUUGCACAGCAAUAUACGAUAUCUAGACCUCAGUUAGAGCGAGAUGGAAGUGACAGAUCACUUGAGCAAAUGGCCAUCGUACCCUCUAGGAUGUCCAGAGACAGGUCAAAAUGGAUUAUUCUUCAUUACUCCCCAUUUAAGGUAAGUUGCAUUGUCAUAAUACUGAUCUAGGGAUUUAUUGUACAACAGGGUAUCUUAAUGCUGUCGGUCUCAACGAUGCUUAUCUCAAAGAUAUUUUGUCUCAAUGAUGGGGUCUCCUUGAUUUUUUUCUCACUUAUUCAAUGCUGGCGGUCUCAACGAUUUUUUCUCAUUUUUGUUGGUGACAAUUAUUUGGUCUGAAUGAUGUUUCAUUCAAUGGUGUUUGUCUCAAUGAUGUUUUUCUCACUGAUGUUUGUCUCAUUGAUGUUUGUCUCAUUGAUGUUUGUCUCAGUGAUGUUUGUCUCAAUAAUGUUUCAUCUAAAUGAUGUUUGUCUCACAGAUGUUUGUCUCACUGAUGUUUGUCUCAAGGAUGUUUGUCUCACUGAUGUUUGUCUCAAUGAUGUUUGUCUCACUGAUGUUUGUCUCAAUGAUGUUUGUCUAAAUGAUGUUGUCUCAAUAAUGUUUCAUCUCCAUGAUGUUUGUCUUAAAAAUGUUUGUCUCAAUGAUGUUGUCUCAAUAAUGUUUCAUCUCAAUGAUGUUUGUCUCAAUGAUGUUUGUUUCAAUGAUGUUAGUCUCAAUGAUGUUUGUCUCAAUGAUGUUUGUCUCAAUGAUGUUUGUCUCAAUGAUGUUUGUCUCAAUGAUGUUUGUCUCAAUGAUGUUUGUGUCAAUUAUGUUUGUCUCACUAAUGUUUGUCUCAAUAAUGUUUGUCUCACUGAUGUUUGUCUCAAUGAUGUUUGUCUAAAUGAUGUUGUCUCAAUAAUGUUUCAUCUCAAUGAUGUUUGUCUUAAAAAUGUUUGUAUCAAUGAUGUUGUCUCAAUAAUGUUUCAUUUCAAUGUUUGUCUCAAUGCUGAUGGUCUCAGUGAUUUUGUAUCAAUGUUGUUAGUCUUCCAGUAAGACCAAACACUGUUUAUCUUAGGCUGUCUGGGAUUGGGUUAUACUGCUGUUAGUGCUGUAUACAGCUGUGUUCACACCUUACGCCGCAGCCUUCCUGUUGAAAGAAGAUGAAAUUCGCAUGAAGUUGAACAUGGCACCAGGCUCUAGGUAUGAAGUGAUAUCAAAUAAACUAAUAUUUACAUUAAAACUUAAGAGAAUAAGACAUCAAGUUAACUAAUAUUUACAUUGAAACUUAAGAGAAUAUGAUAUCAAGUUAACUAAUAUUUACAUUGAAACUUAAGAGAAUAUGAUAUCAAGUUAACUAAUAUUUACAUUGAAACUUAAGAGAAUAUGAUAUCAAGUUAACUAAUAUUUACAUUGAAACUUAAGAGAAUAUGAUAUCAAGGAAACUAAUAUUUACAUUAAACAGAGACUACGACAUCAUGUAAACUAAAUUUACAUUAGCAACCAUAUACAUCACAUUAAAAUGUUUUUUUUUGAUGAGGAAUCUUUCUUUGACUAUUACAUUAUUAGUCAAGUAAAUCCUCAACAAACUGUGAUUUAUAAUCUAAAAUGUCACCAUUGCUGAACAAGGGAUGAGCCAAAGUCACUGUCUUCAAUAUGUUUAGCUAAUUUUUGUUACCACUUCCUGUCUUACUUGAAGCGUAGCAAAACUCUAUUCCUGUGUGUGCUCUCAGACUGAAACACACGGAGUGACUUGUGGUAUGUUCAAAUACAAUAUUACACUAUAUAAAAUUUUGGUAACGGCUCUGGUAAAUAAAUUGUUCAUUUGUGAUGCCGAGAGACCAGAAAUAGGCCUUAUAUUUGACAAUUUGGACUUCAGUAGGAAGACAGUUUUCCGCAUAGCUGGUACUGCUCACUGUGUGUUUAUAGACAGUUUACAUAGAGCAUCCCAAUCAUGCUCUACUCAGAGGCCCUUAGGCCGUCAGAAACUGGUACUAUUGUAUCUGGCCUGCAUCCUCCUGGCAAAUUCGUACUCUCCUGAACCUAACCCUGGACCGAACGUUACUACUGGUGCUGGUGGUUCUCCCUUGCAUACCCCAUCAAGUUCCAAAUCCCAGUCAUCAUGGAUCUGCGGAGCAUGUGACCAUGUUGUACGUGUGGAGGACAGAGGCGUUACAUGUGAACAAUGUGGGAAAUGGUUCCAUCGUCAAUGCCAAAGCAUCGACACUUCUAAUUACAACCAACGUGCUAAAAAUUCUGACGUGCCAUGGCACUGUACUGUCUGCGGCUGCCAGAUUAGCCAGUCUGUGUUUGACCCACAUAGUGCAGGGACAGACUCUACCUUCCCAGAUUUCUCUCUGAAUCACUCAAUCUCCACACCAAGAGACAUUCGAAGUUUUCAACCACCACACUGCUCUACUCCUAUGCGCUGCAGUCAACAAGACAAUGGAGACACAGGCCAUUGCGCAUAUUGAAUGUAAACUUCCAGUCUGCAAGUGAGAAGAGAGUAGAGAUAGCAAACCCAAUUAACAGCCUAAAACCCGACAUCAUCUUGGGCACAGAAACAUGGCUGAAUCCCUCCAUAGCAAAGCAGAGGUUGUACCAGAUAUAUACAAAUUAUUUCGUCGAGACAGAAAAGACAGAGGAGGAGGAGUGCUUGUUGCUGUCCAUCACAACCUGGACUGCCACGCUGUUCCAGAACUAUAUGUUGACGACUGCGAGAUCCUGUGGGUAAAAUUGAAACUAAAGGGUAGACGCACACUUUACGUUUGUGCCUAUUACCGACCAAACACAGCAGAUGAACCAAGCCUGAGGAGGCUCGAGGUAUCGCUUCACAGAGCAACACAGUCAAAAACCGCUUUUCUCCUUAUAGGGGGGAUUUUAACUUUCCUGGUUGGAAUUGGCAGAUUCCUGCCUUGAAGCCCAAGUCCCCAUACCCUGUUCUACACUCAGAAUUCAUGGAGAUAAUUAACAACCAUGGUCUGGAACAGCUGGUUAAAGAACCCACGAGGGGGGAAAACACUCUUGACCUACUCCUCACCAAUUGUCCACAUCGUGUCCAAAAAGUUGAGGUCAUCCCCGGGAUUUCGGACCACAGCAUUCCUUAUUGUGAAUUUCAGGUCAACACACUAAAAAUGAAACAAAUCAUUCGAGAAAUCCCAAUUUAUGCCAAGGCAGACUGGGAUGGCCUAAGGAUUGCAACCACAGAGCUAAGCUCAAACAUGAAGGUGAUUCAAGGUACAGCGACAACAGACGAGCUGUGGGUGAAGUUCAAGACUACAAUCACUGAUGCAGUGAAGAAAUUUAUACCACACCAAAUCACCAAACCUAGGAUAAAUCAGCCAUGGGUCACGGCUGAAAUCCGUAGGCUCAUCCACAGGAGAGACCGCCAAUACAAACGCAUGAAGAAAAAUGGCUCGAUGGAACUGAGAGAGGAGGUACUGAGACUCCGCCGAACCAUUCAACGCUUAUUGCGUAGAUCGUAUUGGAACUACAUGAACGGCAUCUUCUCAGAGGAAGACACCCCGACCAAAGAUGUCAAGAACAAGCGCUUCUGGAGCUAUGUGAAACACCAAAAGUCCUCAAACGCUGGAGUUUCCCCCUUGAGGUGGGAUGGCCAAUUGACAUCUGACCCAAAAGCACAGGCGGAGAUACUCAAUCAGCAGUUCCAGUCGGUCUUUGGUGACGGUAGAGAGUACUCUGAGACUGAGUUCCUUCUGAAGACCAAAAUGAUGAACAGAGCCUACCCUAUCAUGGGAGAUAUCCAGAUAUCAGAACAAGGUGUGUUUGCCCUCCUCAAUACCAUUAACCCUUACAAAGCAUGUGGUACUGACAACAUCAAACCACGAGUGCUCAAAGAAUUAGCCCAAGAAAUCGCUCCUGCACUGACAAUCCUCUUCCAAUCGUCACUAUGCACAAGAAAUGUUCCAGCAGACUGGAGAACAGCGCAUGGCACUCCAAUUUACAAGAAAGGGGAGCAUUCCGACCCUGCCAACUAUCGUCCGAUAUCCCUCACCAGCGUCGUCUGCAAACUGUUGGAGCACAUAAUCGUAAACACAGUCGUGAAGCAUCUUAAAAGCCAAAAUAUACUCAAUGACUGUCAACAUGGCUUCCGAGUCAAUAGAUCGUGUGAGACCCAGCUUCUCGAAUUUGUAGAAGACCUGAUGACCAAUCUGGAGAACCACAAGCAGCCUGACGUGCUAGUAAUGGACUUCGCAAAAGCAUUUGACCGUGUGAAUCAAAGUUUGCUUCUACACAAACUCCAGAGAUAUGGGAUUCAAGGCACCACUAAAACAUGGAUCUCUAGCUUCCUCAGCCACCGACGCCAAGCAGUAGUGGUGGGCGAUACAAGCUCCUCCUUUGUUGAUGUGAAGUCAGGGGUCCCCCCAGGGAUCAGUCCUGGGCCCCUGUUUGUUCCUAGCAUACAUUAAUGACCUACCGGAGAAACUGACAUCACAGGCAAGAGUGUUCGCAGAUGACACAGCAGUGUUUAGGACGAUCGCCAACAGAUCUGACCAGGACCAGCUACAACAGGAUCUCAAUCUGUUAGCUGAGUGGGAGAUGAGCUGGGACAUGGAAUUUCACCCUGCCAAUUGCCAGACACUAUCAAUCUCUAGAAGUUGUACUCCUCUACACUACCAAUACGAACUGCAAGGCCAUAUACUUGAGCAAGUUUCCUCCGUAAAGUACCUGGGUGUUACCAUUCAAAGAGAGGUCCGCUGGGACGAGCAUAUUAACAAUGUAUGUAACCAAGCAAACAAGACCCUAGGGUUCUUAAGGUGAAAUCUAAAGAUUGGCAACUCCUGUGUGAAAGAAAGAGCAUAUAAAGCCUUUAUCCGUCCGAUUUUAGAUUAUGCAUCUUCAAUCUGGGACCCAUUUACCCAGAAGAGCAUUGACAGGUUGGAGGCGGUCCAGCGACGAGCAGCACGCUUUGUCCUAAACCGCUACAGGAAUACCUCUAGUGUUGGCAGCAUGCUAGAAACACUAGGCUGGUCACCAUUGGAGAAACGACGACGACAAUCCAGGCUCUCCAUGAUGUACAAGAUAAAUAAUGGGCUGGUCCACUGUUCCAGUAUUAAACAGAAACUCGUCCCUCUCCCCCAUAGACAGCGACGAGGCCAUGACAGGCAAUUCAGGCUCAUACCUGCAAGAAGCCAGUAUAGGAGCUGCUCAUUCCUGCCCAAGACAAUCAGGGACUGGAACAAUCUUUCAAAAGGAACGGUUGAGGCGACAACACUAGACACAUUUGUGUCUAUUGCCUCAAGCCUUCAAACCCCUAGUGCAUGAUUUCCUCAUCAACACCAGUAACAGAAACAUUGCAAAUCCCAUCUACAUGCAUAGGAGUCAAAAUGAUCAAUAAAUUGAUCGUGGGCCCUUAAGAAAAAGAAGUAAACUAAUAUUUACAUUGAAACACAUCAGGUAACUUAAUAUUUUCAUUGAAACUUAAGGGACUAGGAUAUCAGUAAAUUAAUAUUUACAUGGGAACAAGCCACUUCUAAAAGUGUAGAUAUUUAAUCAUUGGUAUCAUAUUGAUCAACUAGUUUCAAGCAUAUGUGUAAAUAUUGUAUGCAACAAAUACGUCAGUUCUUUUGAUAAGUUGCACCCACUCUCCCACACUACAGAAACACCAAUGCUGACACCAUCCGAAUUGACCCUCUGGUCAUUGUGGACCUGAUGGUGGACCUUAUGUUCAUAGCCGACAUACUUAUCAACUUUCGGACAACGUAUGUGGAGAAUGGUGAGGUGGUGAGCGACCAACAGAAAAUAGCCAUCAAUUACGUCAAAGGUUGGUUCGUCAUAGAUGCCAUAGCUGCCAUUCCAUUUGACCUACUUCUGUUUGGAUCAGGGACCAGCGAUGUAAGUUAG